AGACGAAGGCAUCACUUUAAAUACUGUUGCUUUUAUUUCAACUGGACCACUGUGACAACUAGAAAAGCUCCUGUGACAAAAUUCAAGGAAAUCUGAUAUAAAUGAGUAACAACUCGACAUGCAUUCAACCAUCCAUGAUUUCUACCACAGCUUUACCGAUCACUUAUGUCUUUUUGUGUGUUGUUGGUCUCUUUGGAAACUCACUUGCUCAGUGGGUAUUUCUAACAAAAAUAGGUAAGAAAACGUCAACGCAUGUCUACCUGGCAAAUCUUGUGACUGCAAACUUACUUGUGUGCACUGCCAUGCCUUUCAUGGGUAUCUAUUUCUUGAAGGGUUUCUAUUGGAAAUAUCAAUCUGUACAAUGCAGACUGGUCAAUUUUUUGGGAACCCUAUCAAUGCAUGUGAGUAUGUUUGUCAGCCUCUUAAUAUUAAGCUGGAUUGCCAUAAGCCGUUAUGCUACCUUAAUGAAAAAGGAAUCCAUGCAAGAGGCCACCACCUCAUGCUAUGAGAGAAUGUUCUAUGGUCACUUACUAAAAAGAUUUCGCCAGCCCAACUUUGCCAGAAAAAUGUGCACUUACAUAUGGGGAGUUGUGCUGAUCAUAAUUAUUCCUGUUAUCCUAUACUACUCAGUUGUGGAGGCUACAGAAGAAGGAGAAAGACAGUGCUACAAUCGGCAGAUGGAACUGGGAGCCAGGAUCUCUCAGAUUGCAGGUCUCAUUGGAACCACAUUUAUUGGAUUCUCAUUUUUAGUAGUAGUAACGUCAUACUAUUCUUUUGUCAGCCAUCUGAGAAGAGUAAGGACCUGCACCUCCAUUACAGAGAGAGAUUUGACCUACAGAUCUGUGAAAAGGCAUCUUUUGAUCAUCCAGGUCCUCUUAGUAGUUUGCUUUCUUCCAUAUAGUAUUUUUAAACCCAUUUUUUAUGUUCUGCACCAGAGAGGAGACUGUCAGCAGCUGAAUUAUUUAAUAGAAGCAAAAAAUAUCCUCACUUGUCUUGCGUCAGCCAGAAGUAGUACAGAUCCCAUUAUAUUUCUUUUAUUAGAUAAAACAUUCAAGAAGACACUAUAUAAUCUCUUUACAAAAUCUUAAUUCACCACAUAUGCUACCAUAUGGUUGACUUUUGAAUGGAAACCACCACAAAAUAGAAAAACAUUCAUGUGACUCUAUUAGUGACAUUAAAUUAAUUGAUGAAAAUGUCACAGCUUGGUUGACAAUGGGCACUAGCAAACCUCUUUGGGUUUUAUAAAUAAAUAAAGGCAUAAAAUUGGACGUACAGUUCUAUUUAUACUGAAAGUCAAGAUGACAGAGACUUCCAGAAGCAAGUCAAGUAUACCACAAGAAUUCCACUGUGUAUGAAAUCAAACUCUUUUUUUGUUUUCAGUCAAUUGUGAAUCUUCUGUCCAAUAUACAAUAUUUUAUGACUUGAAGGAUAAAGAAGCAAAAGGCUUAUAGGUGUGCCUGCUUUCUAACUGAAUACAUGGACUCAUCUACGGUUAAAUUUUAUUCUGUUGCUAACCUAAAAAAAAAUUAGAAAUGUUAAGUACUGGAAAAAUUCAACCAGUAAGAAACAUCUUCAUUUAAAUCCUAUCUAACUGUAUGAAUAAUGCAUUGUAAAGUAAAUUUGGUAUUAUCUGGCUCAUUUUACUGGGAAAGGCAUAUUCAAUGAUUCUAAUAUUUAAUAAAUAGAUUUCACUUACAAAUAUGCUUAAACAUUUGAAUUACGAUUUGUCAAAAUAAAAAGCAAUAUAAUAUAUAAUUAUAUGCCCAUCUUCAUGCUAUUUUCAUAUAUUUCCAAUAUAAAUAACGAUGUUAUUAUUAAUGACAGUACCUGCUAUAUAGUUAUGUUCAAUUAAUUUCUGUAAACUAAAUGAAUGAAUGGUAAAGAAGUGUAAUCUUGUUACAUAAAAGACUAGCCUUUGGCCGGGCGGUGGUGGCGCACGCCUUUAAUCCCAGCACUCGGGAGGCAGAGGCAGGCGGAUCUCCGUGAGUUUGAGGCCAGCCUGGGCUACCAAGUGAGUUCCAGGAAAGGCGCAAAGCUACAGAGAAACCCUGUCUCGAAAAAACCAAAAAAAAAAAAAAAAAAAAAAGACUAGCCUUUGGUUAAACUCUCUGGUUCAGUACUGGCUCAAUCUCUUAUUUAGCUGGACAUGUUAAUUUCCUUAAUCAUGGAGCAGAAAAUAUGACCCAACUCAUAUCAUUACUAUUAAAUCAGAUACUGCUACUAUGGUGAGCUAGUAGCUAGUCAGCACUUGUUGUAUGCUAGGUCCUCUGUGUGUGUGCUUCAUGAGCAGAAUGUUAAUCAUCACAACCAUAAAGCAUGUUAAUGUACUUACUGAUGAAAAAACCCAGAUGCAUAGUUAAGAGGUCAUCUCAAUUCCUCCAGUAUAUACAUAUAUUUAAGAAGUAGUUAUUUCUUAGUGAUAAUUUCUUUCAUGUAAUCUCGCCAA